CCACCUACAACCCAAAUUACACAAGGAUUAAAAUCCCCAAAUACAAUGGCUACCGAGAAACCAUCAAUCGUACUCAUCCAAGGCUCCUUCCAGACCCCCCUCGUUUACGCCAAGUUAGCAGCGGGACUUCGCGACCUAGGAUACCCCGUCAUCCACCCAACCCUCCCCAGCUGCGCCGACGUAGAGGCCGAUGUCUUCCCAACCCGCACAAUGGAAGACGACACACGCACCGUCGCCGAAACCUUACAGCAGCUCAUCGAAAAAGAGGAAAGAUCCGUCGUUGUUGUAAUGCAUUCAUACGGUGGCAUCGUGGGCAGUACGGCUAUUCCCCAGUCCCUCGCCUAUACUUCCCGUCAAGCAGAGGGCAAGAAGGGCGGUGUUUUACAUCUCUUCUACUAUGCUGCCUUUGUUCUACCAGAGGGUACAUCCGUCAUAUCAACAUUUGGCGAGUCGCCGAACAAUUAUGUGACCUCGGACGGCCGCUUCCGUAUCAUGAACGGAGCCAAAACUCUGUACAGUGAUCUCCCGGACGGCGAAGCAGCCCUGUGGGAAUCGCGCCUCAUUCCGCAGUCUUACUUGGUACAAACCACCCCCACCACUCGGGCGGCGUAUGAGUAUCUGCCAUCUACCUAUCUCAUCUGUGAGGGUGAUCAGGCUGUACCGGCUACAUUUCAAGGCGGGUUUGCUAAGUUGGCCCGGGCGGAGAUUGAUCGCUGUAGCGCGGGUCAUUCGCCGAUGCUGAGUGAGCCGGAGAUGUUGGUGGAAAAGAUUGCGGCGGUGGUUGAUAAGGCGGUUGCGGCGUCUGUUUAGUUUGACAUAUGAUAGAGUGGUUCAGUUUGUUCGAUAUAUGAUAUAGCUAUAUAUAGUCAGUCCUAGAGGGGUGGUUCUUGUAAAGGGAGAUAGAUCUCUGGAAUAAAACACCGAUGAUCGGCGGUUAAUUCCCCUCCCCCUCUUACUUGGCUGGCCGUCAGAUUUUGGUGUCAUUGUUCACCAGUAAACAGCGCGUCUAUCUUGGAGAUAGUUAUGGUCAACUCGUCCCAAAUUGCCAAAUUGGG